AUGAAUUCAAUUUUUUUUUGAAACGGAAUGAACAUGAAGAAUUUGAGGAUUCUGAAGUAACUAAUGUUAAUGAGAAUAUUUACACCUUUGCUUCAACUGAUAUUAUUGAAAUCAGUGAUGAUAUAAGAGAAGAAAAUAGUACUGAAGAAUCUGCAAAUCAAUUUAAAUGA